AUGGGGUUCGCUACUGAUACUAUGAAUGUUAUGUUCGGUGAACACUCUGGCACUGUCGCAAAAAUUAAAGAAGUGAACCCAAAAUGCUUUUUCAUAAAAUGUGUUUGUUACUUUGGAGUAUCAGAUAUUUGGACAGAUAGUAAAAGAAAUGUAUGGACAUUUUUCUCAAAGCAGCAAGCGUCAAAGAUAAUUCCCGUCAAUAUGGCGGGGCAAAAUCCGGGCUCACCUACUGACUUCCAAUAUUUUUAUGAAGAUGAAGUUUAUAAAAUUAACAAUCGCGGCCAAGUUGUAUUUGGUCUUGUACUUGAAAACUACGAAGCAAACUCCAGUGAUCAGGAAAGCGACAUUGAAACACCUAUACAAAAAGGCGAAAUUCGUGUCGUAUGGCAUCCUUCGGGAACCGAACGAGUGAUAUCCGAGAAGUCGGUUGGCCUUGCUGAUCGUUCUUUGAUGCCUGGCGAUGUUGUGCGCCGCCUCAUAGCUGGCAAGGACACGCAGCGCGGAUACUGUCGCGAUAUAAUCAUGACUGCAGCACUGCAGAUUGUUGGUACCAAACAUGUCAUUCCUAAUGUUGCAAGUGAGAGGCUACAACCACUGGAAGAAUUCACACCAGAUCUUGCAGUAUGCCUAGACUCUUGGGUUGGAACUUCUAAGGCUGUGCAUAGUAAACUACGUCUUGUCUCAGCUGAUGGUUCACGUCUUGAAUACCCAGACCUAGACAGUUGUCCUCUUGAAGACUAUUCAAUGCGGCGACGACGAUCAACACCCUAUUCGUCGUCAGAGUUUUACCCUGGGCAAGUUGUGUAUGGGCCAUUGGGUUCCUUGGAUAGUGCUAAUUGGCUUCAUGUCACUAAGGAAAUGAAAGCUGCCAGAAAACAUAAAAUGCAUGAUCAUAAGUUCACUGUGGAGGCAGUAGUCACAGAGAGUGUAAGUGUGCAUUGGCAGUGCCGAGCACUUUGUACGCACCCAACUGACUCGGCAGCCCCACAGCAACCAAAGUUUCUUGUUGAAGGCGAAGACUUGAAGAACCUGAAGUUGCUCAAUGUUUUUGAACCCUGUACGCUGCAGGUCGGCGACAGAAACUUCCUUACUAUUAGCCCAGAAGAUACUUUUGUUAGUAAAAAGCAGUGGAGGAAACAACAAAGUAAAUACUACAGGAACCAUCGCAAACAAAGCCGGCCCACCAAGAAAUCUAAGACAGAUGCAAAUGCAUCAGAACACAUGCCUUCAAGACCAAAAAAGCGGGCGUCAUCACACCGCAAGCUGAAGUCCACAGAUAAUGAAAUGGACGUGGAUAUGGUAGAUGAGAAGUUGGAGUCCCUUGAUGAGGCACUGAAGACGGAUGUCAACUGUCCAAGUAUUAAAAUCGAACCAAGUGCAGAUGUUACUAUACCCAUAGGGAGUAGUCAGGAAGAUACCGUCACAGAAGAGAAGAAUGAUUCAGGCAUCAGUGGGCUAAGCAAAUCCCACAUCUGCAGCCCUGAACCUGCCAAAGAGGACAGUCACCUGCUCAAUGGAGACAGCAAGUCAGCUGACGCGUGUCUCAACGACGACGACUCAGACAAUUGGGAGAACACUAGUAGCGACGGCAGCGAUACUGACAGCGGUGCGACGUGGUCGUCACGGUGCUCGUCGGCGGCGUCGCAGCGUGGCAAACGGUCGCCGCAGCUGGCGGUGCGGCUGCUGCGCGGCAAGCGGCUCAAGCGCACCGUGCGCCGCGCGCCGCCCGCGCCACCGCCGCGCGUCGGUGACCGCGGCGUCGUCGAGACGCUGCACACCUGCAGCCGCGCCAACGUCGUGUGGCAGGUGAGCGCACGCACUCAUACUGUACACUGCAGCUCGCGGUGCAGCGGCAAGCGGCUCAAGCGCACCGUGCGCCGCGCACCGCCGCGCGUCGGUGACCGCGUCGUCGUCGAGACGCUGCACACCUGCAGCCGCGCCCACGUCGUGUGGCAGGUGAGCGCACGCACUCAUACUGUACACUGCAGCUCGCGGUGCAGCGGCAAGCGGCUCAAGCGCACCGUGCGCCGCGCCCGCACACCGCCGCGCGUCGGUGACCGCGUCGUCGUCGAGACGCUGCACACGUGCAGCCGCGCCAACGUCGUGUGGCAGGUGAGCGCACGCACUCAUACUGUACACUGCAGCUCGCGGUACAGCGGCAAGCGGCUCAAGCGCACCGUGCGCCGCGCGCCGCCCGCGCCACCGCCGCGCGACGGUGACCGCGUCGUCGUCGAGACGCUGCACACCUGCAGCCGCGCCAACGUUGUGUGGCAGGAUGGGACAAUAGAGAUGGGCAUACCUUCAGUUCAACUGUACCCAAUUCACCAUCUGGACGGCCAGGAAUGUUUCCCGGGAGAUUUUGUAGUCAGUGGAGCGGCUAAUGUUGAGGAAAAUCAACAAUUAAAGCACAGGGAAUACGGCGUAGUGCAACGCGUGGACCAUCACGGAAGGACAGCAAUAGUCAACUGGUACCGCACCUAUACUAGCGCAGAUGAACCUGUGCCUCAAAUGUUAAACGAAACGGAGAUGAGUGUCUACGACCUGAAAGACCACCCGGACUUCCAAUAUCGUCCCGGCACCGUGGUUAUCAGGGUGGCCAAUUUUACGGGAGAAGACGCCAACUGUACCGCUGGACAGGUCAUAGACAACUUCCCGUCUGGUCGCGUAAAGGUGUGGUGGGUAGAUGGUCACACAAGCAUGUGUUGGCCUCAAGAUUUGUACAAGGUGGGUGAAUAUGACUCGGAGGAGGGUGAGCUGUGGGGCUCGGAGGGGUCGGGGUCUGAGGACUCGUGGGAGACGCAGAGCUCUGCGCGCGACGAGCCGCGCACGCCGGACGCCGCACCCCCCGCUCCCCCCGCGCAGCCCACGCCCCUCGCGCCGCACACCACCCCCGCGCACCAGCCGCCUCCACACCACGUGCUGCACUUGCAGCACGGACGCAGGAAGAUCAGCCUGCCAGCCCGAGCGAGGAGACAGCGCCUGAGCAGGCGGGAGGCGCGGGCGGUGCGGGGGGCGGGGGGCGGCGCGGUGCCGCGGCUGCUGGAGCCGCGCGUGGCUGCGCACAUCGAGCGCGGCCGCGUCGCCAUGCGCCGCCUCGAGGAGAUGUUCGCCAAGCACCCCACGCUGCAGAGCCAAGAGAUAAUGAGGAAGCUUCUGAAUCUCUACAAAGACUGCCGUUUUCUGGAUCGUCUGAUGGGAACAACAUUCUUCCACGAGGAUCAUUUUCUGGGUCUACUAGAACGUGUUCGCGAGCGCGGUGCGACGACGCCGCGGGCGGGCGAGCGCCGCGUCCACGAGCAGCUGGCGCGCCUGUUCACACCUAGCGAGCCCGUCGAGCCCAACGCUGAGCCCGCCGAGUCCAGCCUCGAGCAGCGCGAGCCCACCGACCCAUCCGACACGGCGCUCGACGCCAUGCUCGUGGACGACGACAAGCACGCACACGGUCAAACUAUCAUCACUGCCAAUGUCACCGUUGAGCCGAUGGAGGUGGAAGCCAAUUCUCCUAAAAAGCCGUUGCAUUUAAAUAUUGACCCUAUACAAGCCUCUGGUUCUGAAGCAGUUCUAUCUGAAAAUCCAUCAACCGAUACUGGUCCCGGCGAGCCGUCGGACGUGGACGGCACGACGCGCAACGUGUGCUACAAGCUGUGCUCGCUCAUACACACGCAGCUGGUCAAAGCGCACGCCGAAGUCAGCCGGAGAAGGCCGCAAGAAUUGGCCGAAUUCCUUAACUACUUAAUGAAAAACGCGAGCGAAGAGAAGUUACCCUACCACUUUUCAGUUCAAUAUGGUGCUUUGGUGGUCAGCUUGGCCGAUCAGGAUAUUAAGGGCGUGGAAAAAGUUGCAGAGACUGACGUUAAGGAUGCCGCUACUACCACUGCAAUCACACCCGAGGAGAAUGCAGGCAGUCCGCAAGGGGAGAGUGCUCCCUUGGCGACGGCAGAAGCUGAAGCGGAAGCGGAGGGCGAGGCGGCGGCGGGUGCGGAGGUUGCAGAGGGCGGGGAGGGCUUCUGCGUGCUGGAGUCCGCGCCCGCCUCGCACCGCUACCACCUGUCUAUGCUGCAGCCCUCCGAGCCACGCACCUUCUACUCCGCGGUCAAGCGCGAGAUCAAACUGCUCAAGAGCGACCUACCGCCCGGGGUGUGGGUGCGUGGUUUCGAGGACCGCAUAGAUCUGCUGUCGGUGAUGAUCGCGGGCCCGAGCCGCACACCGUACGAAGGCGGGCUGUUCGUUUUCGACGUGCAGCUGGGCGGCGAGUACCCGCGGGCGCCGCCGCUCUGCCACUACCACUCCUACUGCAGCGACCGCCUCAACCCCAACCUCUACGAAGACGGCAAGGUGUGUGUUUCACUGCUGGGCACGUGGUCGGGGCGCGGCGUGGAAGUGUGGGGUAAAGACAGUUCUUUACUCCAGGUCAUCGUGUCACUGCAGGGUCUUAUUCUCAACGCAGAGCCCUACUUCAAUGAGGCUGGCUACGAGAAGCAAAAAGGAACGCAACAGGGUAAAGAGAACUCGCGGAUGUACAACGAGAUGGUGCUACUGAAACUGGUGCAGUCGAUGACGCGAAUGGUGCUGAACCCGCCGGAGCCGUUCCGGGAGGAGGGGGUGCGGCAUCUGCGCGGCGCCGCGGGCGCGCUGUGCCGCCGCCUGGAGGCGCUGGUGCUGGCGUCCAGCGGCCGCCACACCGACGAGCCGCCGCCCGACUACCCGCUGCUGCCCGCCUCCAGGGGCUUCUGCCUCACGCUGCGCUCCUCGCUGGACGCCUUCCGCGCCGCGCUGCGCCGCAACGACAUCGCCGUGCCGCCCUCCGCCUUAUAG